UCUCCUGGCUUAGGCAGUGGUAGAGCGGCGUGCCUGGUCUCCCUUCCGGCCGCCAUCUCGCGUGUUCUGCUCAGUCCUCAUCCCACUCCCACAACCCUCAUCUCCCCCCGCUGUGGCACCGCUGCUUCCGUUCUAAGAAGAUGAAAGAAACGAUCAUGAACCAAGAAAAGCUUGCUAAGCUCCAGGCUCAAGUGCGCAUUGGUGGCAAGGCAACUGACUGCCAGGGAGGUCUUGCAGGCCCUGUGACUGCUACAAAUCAGGAAGAGAGUGACUGUGUUGCUUGCUGGGAAGGGGAAACCACACCCUUGAAGGGUACUGCCCGCAGAAAGAAGAAGGUUGUCCAUAGAACAGCUACAGCAGAUGACAAGAAACUUCAGUUUUCUUUGAAGAAGCUGGGUGUCAACAAUAUUUCUGGAAUCGAAGAGGUAAAUAUGUUCACCAACCAAGGAACAGUCAUUCACUUCAAUAACCCUAAAGUUCAGGCAUCCUUGGCUGCUAACACUUUUACUAUCACUGGCCAUGCUGAGACAAAGCAGCUGACAGAAAUGCUUCCUAGCAUCUUAAAUCAGCUUGGAGCUGACAGUUUGACUAGCCUGAGAAGAUUGGCAGAAGCCCUACCCAAGCAAUCUAUGGAUGGAAAAGCACCACUCGCUACUGGUGGUGAUGAUGAUGACGAUGAUGAAGUACCAGAUCUUGUUGAAAACUUUGAUGAAGCUUCAAAGAAUGAGGCAAACUGAACUAAGUGACACUGUGAAUAAAAUUAAAACUUGGAAAAAGCUACAUGGAGCUGCUAUUUUAUAUUGUGACUGCUUUUAUUUGAUUUUAUUUUUAUUUCCUGAUGAGAUCUCAAGAUGUGUAAUAUUUGGAAACUCCUGAACCUGCAGCUCUUAUUCAGUUAUUGCUUGUACACAGUAUUGUUUUUGUGGCCUAGUUUGACAAGCCUAUGCUUUGAAAUAAGUCAGAUUGCUAAUCGAUCUCCACCUAGACACAAAUUUUGAGCAACUUGUCUACAAGCUACCCCAUCUUUAAUGAACUUUGCCAUACAAUAAAGAAUAUAAAAUGAA